GGGGUUAAUAAAUUAAGAUUUAAACAAAUUUAACAUCCGUUUAUCAAUAAUGUGGCGAUUAUUGGUAACUAUCAGUGCUUUCAUAACCAUCUCAAAAGCACAGUCUUCGGGACGACUCAAUGUGUUAUCCAAUGAAUUACUGCAACAAUUCAUGACUCGUUUGGAUAACAAUCAAAACUUAGAGGACAUUGCCUUUGAUUCCCGAAAUACAAACCCAAUCCGAGUGGCGAAGGGAUCGCCCGACUAUGAAAUACAUCCUUUUAGAUUUCAAACCAGAGAUGACAUCCUUCUGCCACGAGAGCCAUCGCCACGAAAGGAGUAUUUGGAGCACUCGUCCCUCUGGGGGCACCAGUAUAUGCAGGGCGGCGCCGGUGAGGGCAGUCAACGGCUCAAACCUGACGGUAGCAUUAAAAACGUUCAGGUGAUCAAAACCGAUGCAGUACUACCAGCCUAUUGUAAUCCACCGAAUCCCUGUCCAAUUGGAUAUACCUCCGAAGAUGGAUGCCUUGAAGACUUCGAAAACACUGCGGCAUUCAGUCGAGACUACCAGUCCUCUCAGGAAUGUAUGUGCGAUACGGAGCACAUGUUUGACUGCCCCGGAAAUACCGAUGAGAAUGAAUUGGAAACACUCGCCCGGAGUAUACAGAACGAGGGGAUUAUGGACUCGACUUUAGAUAAAUUAGUCGAUAAUAUCCGAGUCGACGAUUCCGAGCAUAAAGUUGUGGCCAAAAAGUUUUUCACUAAACAGAAUCAUAACCACUAUUUAAAACAGGUCGUCAAAAAGGCCAGAGAUGUUGGCGCCAAAGCACACAAACUCACAAAUAAUCCGUUCCUAACGGGAGAUAAGCUUCCAGUUGUGGCUAAAAAGAAUCAUAACCACUAUUUAAAACAGGUCGUCAAAAAGGCCAGAGAUGUUGGCGCCAAAGCACACAAACUCACAAAUAAUCCGUUCCUAACGGGAGAUAAGCUUCCAGUUGUGGCUAAAAAGGUACCCCAUUUGGCAAAAGGCAUUUAA